GACGUCAUCGGGCCGGCCUUUCAGGCCACCCUGGACAUGCUCGAAUGGCCAAAGCUGUGUGAGCAAGUCGCGCGCUUUGCAAGCACCCACGCUGGCAAGCGCGCAUGCAGGGCAUUGCACGUCCCCGAGGACCCCAGAGAGACUCUGCGCCUGCUGGAACAGACCCGCGCCAUUACCGUACUGGAGUACGACUGGGCCACCUCCCUGGACUUUGGCGGUAUUCAAACCAGCGACGCUGAGUCGGGUCUAUCCCGGGCGUCCAAGGGGGGUAUGCUGAGUGCUGAGCAGCUCAGGGCCCUGGUCAGCCUGGUGAACGGUGCCGAGCGGCUUCGCAAGCAGGUGGUUGUGGCUGCGCGGGAGAACGACGCCCUCCGCCCGGACAGCCCGGUGCGGGUGCUGCUGGCGGCGGUGGGGCAGGUCAGGCAGCAACCCCUGCUGGUGCGGUCCGUGGUGAUGGCCAUUGACGAGGAGGGCCGGGUUCAGGAUUCGGCUUCGGAGCAGCUCCGAGGUUUGAGGGCCCGGGUCAAGUCCAUUCAGGCCCGAAUAGCUGCCGUACUGAAGGGAUACGGAGGGGAGGUGUCGGAGAAAGGGGGACGAAUGUGCGUGGCAGUGCCGGCAGGUGCGUGCACCAAGAUUGCCAACGGUGUGCUAUUGGGCUCCUCCCCGGGCGGCGGCUUCCUGCAGUACAUUGAGCCGCCGGGGGUGGUGCCCCUCAAUAACGAGCUGGGGGCAGCGAGGGCGGAGGCCCAGGCGGCAGAGGAGGCGGUGCUGUGGCAGCUGACGGGGCUGGUGCUGGGGAGUCUGGAGGAGCUGGAAGACACGUUCAGGGUAGUUGCCUGGCUGGACGUGCUAUCAGCUCGGGCGCGGUACGGCAUGUGGAUCCAGGGUGUGCUGCCGGAGGUUGUCCCGUGGGACACGGUGUUUCACGCGCGCGGCGGCGCUGCGAUGCGGCGGCGGGCGCGGGAAGAGGAGGCGGGGCCGGCUGGAGAGGAGGCUGGAGGCGACUACGGCGACGGCAGCUUGAUGCGCGACCCGGAGGAGCGGUAUGCCGUACGAUUGCGCGGACUUCGGCAUCCGCUGCUGUACGGAGAGUACCUCACCCAGAAAGAGUCGCUGGAACGUGCCGUACGAAUGAGCCCCGCACCCGCCGCCACCUCCACUUUCGCCUCCUCCCCCUCAUCGCCCUCGUCACUUAGCGGCUCGCGAAGGCGGCUGCUCGGAACCCGGAAGGAGGUGAUGCUGCGGAGAUCCGGAUCCGCAUCUGACAGUGAUGACGGCGACGGCGGGGAUGGGGGCGGGGGCGGGGAGGCCAACACACCGCAGGCCCCCCGGCCGAUAGACUGGGUGGUCCGACCGGACACCUCCGUGGUGGUGAUCACGGGGCCCAACACCGGGGGCAAGACGGCGGCCAUGAAGGCGCUGGGGCUGGCGGCGUGCAUGACCAAGGCGGGGCUGCCGCUGCCGGCGGAGGCGCCCGCGCGAAUGCCCGCGUUCUCUGCCGUACUGGCGGACAUUGGCGACGAGCAGUCGCUGACGGCCAACUUGUCCACCUUCAGCGGCCAUUUGAGGCGGAUACAGGCGCUACGUGCUGAGGCGGACGGCAAGUCCCUGCUGCUGCUGGACGAGCUAGGUACGGGCACCGACCCGUUGGAGGGGGCGGCGCUGGGGGUGGCGCUGCUGAAGAGGCUGGUCAGGGGCGGUGUGGGCUCCGGAGCUUUGACGGUGGCCACCACCCACCACAGCGUCAUGACGGGACUCAAAUUUGAUGACCCGCGGUUCGAAAAUGCGAGUGUUGAGUUCGACGAGGCGGCUCUGGCCCCCACGUACAAGUUGCUGUGGGGAAUACCCGGGCGGAGCAACGCCCUCAACAUUGCGGCGCGUCUGGGUUUGGAAGAGUCGCUGGUGGCCUCAGCUCGCAGUCGGCUGGACAGCGGUGUGGCCUCCGUCAACAGCGCCAUCGAGCAGCUGGAGGAGCUGCGGGGGCGGCUGGAAGCGGAGGAGAAGGCCAGC